CGUUCGGAGAGUAAAAGUAAAAUCAUAUGAUCUGCAUUUAUAUUCAGUUAUUUAGUCUAUUACUCACAGAUGCAUUCGUAUACGAUGUAGAAUGUGAUGUUAACUUAUAAAAGAAACUAUGCACGAAGCAUUCGAGGCAGCACCAAUUUUGGAAAAGCUGCCACUAAUCAUUGAAUCAAUCACAAGUUAUGAUGACAAGCUGUUAGUAGGUACAAAGCAAGGCCAUCUAUUGGUCUAUACUGUGUCUCCAAUACCUGGUAAUGAAACCAGUUUUAAUGUGUCCUUGGAAAGGUCAAACAAGGCAUUCUCAAAGAAACCCAUAACUCAGUUGGUAGCAGUUCCAGAGGCUCAAAUCCUCAUCAGCCUCUCAGAUAAUGUGGUCAGUGUGCAUGACUUGACUGUGUUUGCACCAAUAUGUACAAUAAACAAAAGUCGUGGUGCCACCCUCUUCGAAGUAGAUGUGAAGAAGCAGAAGUCUUUGACAGGAGAUGUACAACAUACAGUUAGGAUGUGUGUCAUUGUCAAAAGGAAGGUGCAGUUGUAUUAUUGGAAGAAUCGAGAGUUCCAUGAGCUACAGCCAGACCUAGGGGUUCCAGAUCUACCUAAGGUGGCAGCCUGGUGUAAGGAUUCAAUAUGCGUGGGCUUUAAGCGAGAUUACUUCCUUAUUAUGGUUGACACAGGGGGAUACAAGGAGUUAUUUCCAACUGGUAAAUCAAUGGAACCAAGGGUGACACGUCUUGAUGAUAAUGGACUGGCUGUAGGGAGGGAUGAACAGACAAUAUUUAUUGACGCAGAAGGGAACCCCACAAAACGUUAUGCAUUAACAUGGUCAGCUUUACCCCAAGUGUUAGUCAACCAACCCCCCUAUGUGAUAGCAGUAUUACCAAAAGUCAUAGAGAUACGCACUGUCGAGCCAAGACUUUUCAUACAAAGUAUUGAGGUCAACCAACCAAAGUUCAUUUGUCAUGGCAGCAAUCAUGUCUAUGUUGCAUCAACCAAUCACGUAUGGAGGCUAGCAAGUACACCAAUCACAUCACAGAUCAAGCAACUAUUGCAGAAUAAAGAGUUUGAACUUGCCUUACAUUUAGCUAAUAUGACUCAAGAGGCUGACUCUGCCAGGGAGGGGAGGAUACAACACAUACAGACUCUCUAUGCCUUUGAUCUAUUCUCCCAGCAUAGAUUUGAGGAAUCUCUGCAAAUGUUCACCAAACUGGGCACAGAUGCCUCUCAUGUAAUAGGCCUCUACCCAAAUCUGCUACCCCAAGAUUUCCGCAACCAACUGGAGUACCCUGAUAAACUACCAGACCUGGAAGGUGCUGAACUUGAGAAGGGACUCCUUGCCUUAAUAGAGUAUUUAACCACAAAAAGGAAUGAGGUGAUGAAGGAGAUGAACAAGGAAAUGGUCUCGUCAGCUAUUGUGGAAGGAAGUGCAACUAUAAAGUCAAAACGUCAACUCACUCAGAUUCUUGACACCUCAUUGCUCAAAUGUUACUUGCAGACCAACGAUGCCCUCGUGGCCCCUCUGUUGCGGCUUAAGGACAACAAUUGUCACAUAGAGGAGACAGAGAGAGUUCUCAAGAAGCACCAGAAAUUCAGUGAGCUCAUAAUUCUCUAUGAGAAGAAAGGAUUACACAAAAAAGCCCUAGACUUAUUGUUAAGACAGGCUCAGAAACAUGGCUCACCAUUAAAGGGCCAUGACAGAACAGUGCAGUAUCUUCAGCGGCUAGGGGCAGACCAUUUAGACUUGAUAUUUGAAUAUGCAGGAUGGGUGUUAAAAACAGAACCAGAAGAUGGAUUAAAAAUAUUUACUGAAGAUCUCCCAGAGGUGGAAAACCUACCAAGGCAAAAGGUGCUAGACUAUCUGGAGAAAACAGAUAAAAACCUAAUGGUGCCAUACUUAGAGCAUGUGAUAAUGGAGUGCAAUGAUGACUCCGAGAAUUUCCACAAUGCUCUGGCUCUCAGUUAUAAAGACAAAGUCCAGUCACUUAUGAGUGAUUAUUUAGCGUCACUUCCAGAAGGUGAAAUUCCAGCCAGGGCAGGAAAAGAACCAUCAGAACUGGGUGAACUUAGGCGGAAACUUCUCUUUUUCCUUGAGACUCAAAGACACUACGUUCCAGAAAGAUUACUUGCUCAUUUUCCUUUUGAUAGUUUCUUUGAAGAAAGGGCUAUCCUGCUAGGAAGACUUGGCAGACAUGAACAAGCAUUAGCAAUAUAUGUACAUAUACUACAUGACAAUAGCUUAGCCAAACAGUAUUGUAAACUAAAUUAUGACCGGCACAAAGAAGGCAACAAAGAUGUCUAUAUCUUCCUGCUAAAGAUGUUUCUGUCCCCUCCCGAUGCUGGCUAUCUAGGUAUUAUGGUAUCUGGCACAACCCCCUCCGAACCUAAUAUAGAUGCAGCACUAGAUCUGCUCAGGGACCAUGGUAACCAAGUCAAUACGUCUAAGGCACUGGAGCUCCUGCCAGCCUCCAUAGAAGUGUCCCGGUUACUAGUCUUCCUUGAGAAUGUUCUUGAGGAGAGAGGGGUUGACAAGAGAGAUGCCCAGGUCCUACGCAGCCUUCUGUAUGCUGAACAUUUACAAGUUCAAGAACAGAGAAUGUUUUAUCAAAAAAUUAAGUGCAUUAUAACAGAUGAAAAAAUGUGCAGAGUGUGUAAGAAGAGGAUUGGAAACAGUGCUUUUGCGAGGUAUCCAAAUGGUGUCAUUGUACACUACUACUGCUGCAAAGACCCCAAAGUUUGGCCUUCAGAAUAGAUGGCAGUAAAGUAGAUGGUGAUGUCUAAAUGGACCUAUCACUGAUUUAAAUGCAAUGCAACUAUCUCCUUAAUGCCACCUUUAGGGGAUUAUGUUUAACUCUGGUUUCAUAAUAAUAGGAUUUCUAUAAAUAUGAUGUGAAAUAUAGAAGAUAUUGGAUGGUCCAUGCGCUUUGUGGGCAAUUCAUUUUAGGUUCAUUGACUUGUACAUUAACCAGAGACCUCAACCACAUUGACCUGCGGGCCCCCACAUUCUAAUCAACUGGCAUUGUAGUCUAAUGCAAUGAAUAAAUCCCACCUGAGUCUCAGUUAGAAAAAAUAUCAUAAUCAACAGUAAAACUGAAGGAAACUAAAGAAGAACUUCAUCCAAAGAAUACAAUGUCACCCACCUUUCUGAGAAGUCUUUUUGUGACCUUUUGAUGUGACAUUUGACUAUUGGCAUGGAAUGUGGUGUUUUAAAGCAUUCAAGUCAUUUUGGCCAGAUUUAAUACCAGAUAUACGAGGCGUCACAACCCGAUGUGAUGAAAUUAGUAGUAACUUAAUUCUCACCUGAAUUCUUUUGGAAAAGUUACAUGUGAAACUAAAAUGUAAAACAAAAUCAAGUUCAUAAUUUUUUACUUGUAAAUCCCAACUAUAAUACCGCCAGUGCAAUAUAGAUGUCGCUUCUAACAGAACAGUGAGAAUAUUCAAAAGUAUUAAACAUAAUUUUGUUUGUAUUGGGCAGAAAAUUAGAUUGAAGAGAAAUGAUUUCCAGAUUGAGUUGAAGAUUCAAAGAAUCUCCAAAUUAUUGUUGAAUGUUAUUGUGAUCGCUCAGUAAUCACAAAGUUUUUUUUCACAAAGUUUUUUUUGCACAUUAUUGUGCAGUGUCCUGCUGUAGACGAGAUUUACCAAGGGGUAGAGGUUCACCGUUUAAAAAAUCCAUGGGACAACUUUGUAUUGGCCCAUAAAUGGCCAAAAUCA